AUGUCCCCUGUCCCACCCCAACCUCUCCCCCGUGUCCCGACGACGGAAGAGAUUGUCCCUGCCAUGCAGCGCAUCAUCGACGAGUUCAAUAUCGUCCGCGCCCAGAUCCUUGACACGACCACCCCAGCCACAGCCACUUUCGACAACACCAUGAUCCCACUCGCGCAUGUUGAGGACGCUGUCCAAGGCGAAAUAGCCAUGAUUGACAUGCUCCAGUACGGAUCGCCUUCUCUUGCCACUCAAGAUGCGUUCAAUGUAGCCCAGAAGUUAUACAAUGACGCGCGUGCAUCGUGGACAGCAGACGCGGCUUUCUUCAGCCUGCUACAGGCUGUCCGCACGAAGGAGCAGGAUUUCAACGCGCUGGAUCCCGAAUCGCAGCAUCUGCUAGACAGGGAGCUUCUCGACUAUCAUCAGGCAGGACACGGAGUCCUAAGCCCCACGGAUCUAGAGAUAUAUCUACGUCGAAGAUCGGAGAUUACAGAACUAGAGCGGCAGUUUCAACAGAAUCUGGCGAGAGAGGAUGGUGGGGUAAAAUUUACUCUAGAGGAGUUGGAUGGGGUCCCUAGAGAGGAAUUGGCAAAAUGGAGAGAUUGUGACAAUGAUGGGAGUGGGGAGGAUGAAAAUUCGAAGAGAAAGUUUGUCCCCUUUGCCAAUGGCGGUACAAUGACGGUUUUGACAAAUGCCAAUCGCUCGGAGACUCGCAAGAAGAUGUUUCUGGCGGACAGCCACAAGUUGGGGGAGAACAAGCCACUAUUCGAGGAGAUUAUUCGGCGUCGUGCGAAACAAGCUCGAUUUUUGGAAUAUCCAUCGCACGCGGACUUUCGCAUUAAGCGGCGCAUGGUGAAGACCACAGCUUGGUUGAGAGGGUUUUUGGACCAACUGAAAGAGAAACUUUGUCCUCUAGGUAGAGACGAGGUUGGAGUCUUACAGCGUCGAAGGGUGGAAGAUCUUCGAGCCAGAGGUCAAGAUACUGAUAAUGGUAGUGCCGAUCAGCGAGUUGGGAACGGCUUUCCCCCGUGGGAUAAACGAUACUACGAGAAGUUGGUGCAGCAGGACUUCGAAAUUGAUCAGCUACAUAUAUCGGAGUUCUUUCCGCUCGAACAGACAGCAACUGGCAUGUUGGGCAUUUUUGCCAAGGUGCUUGAUCUCCGGUUCGAACCCGUCUCUGUUCCGACCGACGAUCUGAAGGAUGUCAUCUGGUAUGACAACGUGCGAGUGUUUUCAGUGUGGAACAGUACCAAUGAUGAUGAGACUAUUGGGUAUCUCUAUUUCGAUUUACUCUGGAGGGAGAACAAGUAUCGCGGCAACCAAAGUGUCAAUCUUCAAUGUGGCUACGAAAAGCCGGAUCGCAGCAGACAAUAUCCCGCAACCAUCCUAAUGUGUUCAUUUCCAACAUCAACACCAACAUCUUGUACCUUGCUCAAGCAUCAUCAGGUUGUAACAUUGUUUCAUGAGAUGGGCCAUGGUAUACACGACCUGCUAGCCAGAACCAAGUACACCCGUUUCCAUGGCUAUAGACUACCUCCCGACUUUGGAGAGAUGCCCAGUAUGAUGCUCGAAAACUGGUGCUGGAUGAAGGAUGUCCUUCAGGAUCUCAGCUGCCACUACACUACUCUCGAUGAGACCUAUCUAUCAGAGUGGCGAAAGCAAAACCCUGGCAAAGCAGAUCCACCAACGACAAUUCCGGGAGAAUUGGUCGACAACAUUAUAAGACAUCGUCAUUUCAACCAGAGCCUCUACUACUUGCACAUCUUGUCGAUCUCCUUAUUCGACCUGCAGAUCCACACCACAAACACGGACGAUAUUGAUCACCUCGAUGUCCAAAAACUCUGGUACGACAUCCGUGGAGAGAUAGAAUUCAUGGAUUACUCGGAAUGUCGAGAUGGAUACGGAUUUGGAACAUUCUCUCAUCUUACAGCUGGUUAUGAUGUCUGCUACUACGCAUAUCUUUGCUGUGCAGCAAUGGCCCAGGAUGUCUUUACCUCGGUAUUCGCCGCCGACCCUUUCGACAAGGAAAUAUGGGAUAGGUACCGCCGCGCAAUUCUGCAAAGUGGUGGGAGUAAGCAGGACUUAUUAGGGAUGUUGGAGGAUUUCUUGGGUCGUCCGGUGAAUAUGAAUGCGCUUGUCGAAACACUGACACGGGCAGCAAGUGAGCAGUGAGUUGGACUGGUCUUCUUGAAAAGCUAGGCGGGAUAUUUCGGAUAUAUAGAUCGGUUUGUUGAAGUCUGUUAAUGC